AAAAUUGUGCUCUGAUUGGCUAAUCGCAUUUUUUUGGCGGCAAAAGUUGGAAGGGGGAGCGCUUCCGGAGAUCCCUGACUGCAACUGUUCAACUUGUUUGAUAGAGCUGAGUCAUGUUGUGUUAUUGAGAUUAUGUGGUCUUUAAAUCUUCAAAAUAUGGAAGAAUACGGUGAUGAAGAUGGUUGUGUAACUCCAACUUCACAAGCGAUACGAGUUUCUCUAGAUAGACCGCCAUCUCCGCCAAAGAAAAGGCAUAAGAAACCUGACAGGAUCGGAAAGAACUUGGAAUUUGGAAAGAGUAAGUAUUGGAGAAAUAGUUCUAGUGAAGUGCGACGUUACAGUUGGUCGGGGAAGUGUUCCUCCUGUGGUGAGUUGAGCAAGUUGCGACCUGGGCGGACAAUCUGUUUUCGAUUAGACUGUGCACUCCAUCAUGUUGGUUCUAAGCUGGAUUGAGGAAAUGCGUUGAGAGGCUGAUCUAGGGAGAAUAUAGUUUAUUGUGAUGACGGUAGGAGUUUCUUGGUCCUUUAAAGAAUCAGCGAAUUUAGAAAUGGAGGAAGUUUCGUUCUGAAAAGUUGUUAGCUGCUUGAAAAGUAUUGUCACAAAUUGGGGAGAUGAAAGGGGUUGAUUAUUAUAGGGUACUUGUCCUUGUCGGGGGAAAUAUCUAUUAGGGUUUUGGUCCAACGGAAUGUAUCAAGAAGCCUUUUAUUACCUUGCAACAUAUUUGAAUGUAUAGCAGCCAUUAAUAAUAAUAAUAAUAAUAAUGAACAUGGGAAUCGUAUGAAUAAACCUAAUUGUAUAUGACGUAACCAAACACUUUUGUCGAAUUUGAUAUUUCAAUGAAUGCUCAAAAGGAUUAUCGUCAGUUAUGUGAGCGCUUUACCAGCAGUGUUGGUUACUGGGAUAAGGGAGAAGGCGUUUCACCAACCGAUACUCAAUUUUGCGACUUCAUCACACAAGUUGCUCGGGUACCGCUUUACACUCCUCAAGAAAAUCAAUCUUUGUGGAUAGUAUUUUUUGAAAAUAAUGUUAUCAGUCACUUUCUUGACUGUUUGAAGCAGUUCCCUUCAAGUCAUUUGUUGCAGAUUACUGUAUUGUCAUC